CUGACAUUUGAUUGAAAUUAUUGAAUUGAAAAUAAUUUUGUUUGAGGGAAGCGUCUCUCUGCGUCCCGAAAAUUUCAAUAUUUUCAAUAAUAUAACCUAAAAUAAGCAGUUAAUUUAAUGAACAUUUGUAAUUGUUGAACUAUGGCGCAGACACAGUUCUCCUUGUGUUGGGCAGGGCACAAACGGAAUGUGUGCACCGGAUUGAGCUCUUUGCAACAGAAUGGCGAGUUUGUGGACUUGACGCUGGCAGCGGAUGGUCAUCAUGUCAAAGUGCAUCAAAUAGUAGUUGCCCUCGCCAGCCCUUAUAUUAAGGAGCUGAUCGAGUCAGCACAGUGUCAACACCCUGUCAUAGUUUUAAAUAAAAUAUCCUACAAUGCUCUUGCUGCCAUCCUGGAAUACAUCUACACCGGUGAGGUUCUGGUGUCAGUUGAGAACCUGUCGGAACUGCUGGAGGCUGGUAAAACCCUGCACAUCAAAGGAUUAGAGGACAUGAAAGUGGAUCCAUCUCACACGCCUCAACAACACGCGGCAGAAUCGUACACAAAAUCGGAAACGGAAAGGGAGGAGACUGAAGACGUAGAAGAGUAUUGUUACUUUGAAAUAACUAAUUCAAAAGACGACGAAAAAUAUGAAACUAUAUACGAACCCGUCACAGACUCUACCCAUGUGGAAAGUAUGGAUGACGCCACGAGGAUUCAAUUCGCGGAAGACAUGCAAACACAAGAAUGCGACAACACGACGGAACUCACACAGGACGAAACGACAAAUGAACCAGACGCGGAUAUAUACACAACGAAACUACCAGACACUGUGAAAGCUGAAUGUGUUAAAAAACCAAGUAGUGCCAGCAUGAUGCAAUUUACGGUAUCGAACCAGGGGUCUUUGCAGAUGAUUCUGAACAGAUUUGUUUACUACUUGAAACAUACCAAUCGCGACGGGACGCGGCAGUGGCGUUGUGUCGACUACCUCGUGAGCCAUCGGUGUCCAGCGUUCGUUAUCACUAAGGGAGAUGUUGUCACACAAAGAGUAUCAGCCCACACGCAUUCGUUCCACGACAAAAAGAUCAUGAAAAAAGUACAAGCCGGCACCAUCUUCACUGCGUUCCAUGAUGCAUUGAAAGAAGGAGACAUUAAGAAGAACAAAGAUAAACACGUUGAAUAUCUCGAUAGCUACAGUCAAGAUCUUUUGGAGUCGAAAGUCUCGAAACUCGCCGAUUCGAGCUAGGUCGUUGUAAGUAAAAAUUCAUUAGUUUUAAUAAAGAAACACAAGUCCAAAAAUAAUGUUAAUGUAUUAUUUGAUCAACUUACCUACUGUUGUACUUUCAAUAAUGUUUUACAUCUUAUUUUAUUAGUUUUAAAUUGGUUAUGGUCUGAGCUGGGGUCGUAGAAAAAUAGACGUGUUUUAACAUAUUUUUUUUUCUUGAAAUAGCGCAUUCGUUAUUCAAACUUUUAUUACGCUUUUUUAUGUAGUUAGACGAUAUAGUGACUAAGAUAGAGAAGGGAAAUGCUAAGUUGGUUUGGACUCGUAGAGCGGAUGAUUGAUAUUAGGAUUACGAAAGCAGUAUAUAAAGCGAUGGUUGGUGGUUGGGCUGGCAGAGGAACAGCUGAAAGGACCUCAUCAUCAUCACUAAUUUAAGAACCACGCUCUUGUCGGUGUAUCAUUCUCAAUUCUUGUCUAUUUGCCAUUUCCUUCACUUCCUUAUAAGACACGACGUUCACCUUCUCUUUGAUCUAUUCCAUAUAAGCUCUUUUUGGUCUUCCCCUUCCUCUCUUUCCUUCUAUGAUGUUUUUAAUUUAUCGUCGUGUCUUAUUAAGUGUCCAUCUCGCCUCUUCUCUUUCUUGAAGGACGUACAUUGACCAAAUUGGAGAUGUCCUUAGCAAAAGUUCAGUACGAUCUACUCAGAACCGGCGUGCGUGUAUGAAACGAUUGAUGUAUGAGGAGGAAGCACGAGAAGUGUGUCAGGAUCGAAGCAAAAAAUUCCAUAGUCUCUGUUUAUCCCGAUAGGAAAUAGGCGAACUUUAUGUAUGUAGUUAGUUGUAGUAACCCGUAGGUUUAUAAUCUCUACGGCCCUGGCACUGAACCCUAUGUGGCGAAAUAUCGUCUCUAUGUGACCAUUUUAAAAAAGUAUAAAUUAUAACUAUGUAAAUAUAAUAUUGUUUUUUCAUCAUCAUUAUGUCCCUAGCCUUAUGCAUUUUUUAUAUAAUAUACUUUGAAAUGCCUGUAUGACAAUAUGACGGAAAAAUGAAUAAAUAAUACACAUUGGCCCCGAUUCCUGCAGACACCGCCUAAUUUUAUUUUAAGUUAUAUCCGUCAGUUUCAUAUCCGUCGAAAAGGAAAGGGACAGAUGAUUCACAGCUCUUAAUUUUAGGAAGAAUGAGUAAAUGAAUGAAUAACC